UGCGUUACCGUUCGGUGUUCAUCAUUUGACAGUUGUACCUGUACAACUAGCUGUACCUGUACAACUAGCAGACAGCAGUUAUUAUUAUUUUAUAUUUAUCUCAUUGCGGACGGAAUUUCAACAGUUAACAUAUUUUGUCAUUGUAAAAUAACAGAAGAUUUAACUAAAGUGGAUAAUACAGGAAAAACCACCUAUGUUUGUGAUGAUCAUAUGAAUUAAAUUUAAAAAGAACGAGAUACGGUUAGACUCACGGUCUUAUAUCCAAUCGAAUUGUUGGAGCAAUUAAUAUAGAUGGGAAAUUGACGUUUAUCAUAAAAUGAAAUAAUUCAAUAGAUGGGAAAUUUAAUUUGAUAACUGCUAGAGAGAUACAUGAAAAGAGGCCUAACAUAGCAAUAGAAUACUUUCGAGCACGUGCAUUUCAUACGUCACCUAGUGGUGCAAAACAGACGUUGGGACUCGGAGAAAGCAGGGACGCGGCGUUUUCUAGGAUUUUUGGUGUGUCGACCAGCAGCUUGCGUUCGUGUCCAUUUUGCAGUCAACACUCGUUUCAAUUUUUUGUUUUAGACAAGCAGCAUGUCAAGACGCAAUGAUCAAUCAUCUUUAAAAGAUCAAGAUCAUAAAAAAAAUAAAGAGCAAGCGUUAGAUGGAAUCGGCUACAAUUAAAAAAAUUAAAAUAUGUAUAGUAAUCGAGACUUAAUAACUGACCAACUUAUAACCAAAUUAAACAACGGAGUAAAUAGCCGUUUAAUAUAAUCGCUAAGAUGAUAGUUUUAAAUAUUAUAUUAUAAUUUGAAAUUAUUACAUUAUGUUCCUCAAGCAAGUAACAAUAUCCCUCACUUACGCUCCGUAGAUAAGAAAAAGAAUAAAUACCGCUACUACUUAAAAAAAAUUUAAAAAUGUUUAUCUCUACAUCUUUCUUCCGAGGUUUAAGGUUCAUUUACAUUUUACAAGUCUUAGGACUUUUUUUAAAUUUCCAAUAAUACCUUGAAUUAAAAACCGUAAAAAUGCAUUUUUCAUGAUAUUUUACUUUCUCCGUUCAUACAAUUAUGGCUGAAUUUAUUGACGGCGAAGGGGUAGGAACGCGCAGUCCAUCUAUAUUAUGUCUAUGGGUCUAUGGUAAAAACCACGUACUACAAUAUAAUGGACUGACAUCGAAUAGGCUGGGGGAGUAGGAGAGACCGAGCAUAAAAUGUUAUGAAAAAUAAAAACCCAAUGAUUUCGACGCCAUUUACAUUUUUUAUUUUAGUAUAUAAAAGUGUAAAAAUUAUAUAGAGAGCGCUAAAGUCGUUCGGUUUUUGUAACCCCUGCACUCCUCGUUCGCGUAAUAUUUUUGGCUCACAGAUAUUGCACUCGAUGCCAGUCCAUUAUAUCUUAGUCCGUGGUCAAAACAGACUUUUACAUCGAAUGAUAACUGAUAACUGACAACUCACAAACAUGAUAGUCGACUUCAUCACAAUCAUCAAAUGUUUUUGUGACCGAUUUCUAGACCCCCGAUUACCAUACUUACCAACCGAGCUUCCGGUGAAACGAUUUGCAAUCAAUCACCUCGAAGACGGCUUCUACACACUUGAAUCGAGUUACAUUGGUAGCUAGUAAUCGUUAUAAAAUAACAUGUUGUAAGAUUACAGAAAGGGUUUUUAUGCAUAUGCCACGUUAUCAAUAUGUGUUUUAUUAAACUAUACUUUCUGUAACAGACUAGAAUUGUGUUGGUUACACUGUAACGUUGGCAUUUCGUCAAGGAAUUGUUUGGUCAACAUUCUUAAUGCCAUUUUGACAUUAGACUGUCUAGAAGAUUGUAGCGUGCCGUCAAAUUUUAUUUUGCCCUUGUCCUUAGGAAAUAAAUAGCAAGAAAAGAUGCCAGCUAAAAUAACUUGUGUUACAAAACGGUUUGUGUCGGAUGGUAUAUUACGUGCAGAACUCAACGAGUUCUUGACACGAGAACUUGCUGAAGAUGGUUAUUCUGGCGUUGAUGUCCAUGCUGCUCCAUCACGUACAGAAAUUAUUAUUUCUGCAACACAUGUCCAAAACGUAUUGGGUGAUAGGGGACGCCGUAUUCGUGAACUUACAUCUCUCAUCCAAAAGCGUUUUGACUUCAAAAAUAAGGAAGUUGAACUUUUUCUGGAGAAAGUAGCUCAACGUGGAUUGUGUGCUGUUACCCAAGCAGAACUUUUACGUUACAAAUUGAUUGGGGGUCUAACUGUCAGGAGUGCAUGCUUUAGUGUGUUGAGAUUCACCAUGGAAAGUGGAGCUAAAGGAUGCGAAGUCGUAGUGGCUGGUAAAAUAAAAGGUCAACGUGCCAAGUCGGUGAAAUUCGUUGAUGGACUUAUGAUUCACAGUGGUGACCCAUGCAAUGAUUAUGUCACUGUGGCUACUAAACACGUUUUGUUAAGACAAGGAGUUUUGGGUAUCAAGGUAAAAAUUAUGUUGCCAUGGGACCUAUCAGGUAAACUUGGCCCAAAGAAGCCUUUGCCAGAUAAUGUCACCCUGAAAGAACCCAAGGAAGAAAUUCUACCCAUAGCACUAACGAGUGAUAUUAAAUCUAAACCUGAAGUAGCAGUACCUACUGUUCCAGUUGUACCUGGAACAUUGGUUGAAAUGAUUGUAUAA